AUGUCGCUGUUCAAGGCCCGCGAUUGGUGGCAGACGCAGUGCGGACAUGGCGAGGAGUUCGAUAUGUAUUGCCUGCUUGUGGCAAACGUUGACAACGACCCCACCGGACAGGUUAAGAUUGUUACGGGCUCCUUCUCCGGCUACCUGCGGGUGUACCUUCCCCGAGACCGGGGCUACAAGGCCGAGGACUUGCUGCUGGAGACGGAGCUGGAGGGUGGCGCGGUGUUGGCGCUGGCGGCCGGGAGAUUCACGGGCUCCGGGGGUCUGCAGCUUGCCGUACUCCACCCCCGCAAGCUGUCCGUGUACUCGGUGGUUUCCCAGGGCGGCGGGUCGUACAUGCACCUCACCAGGCUGUACGAUCAUUGGCUGGAACACACAGCAGCUAACAUGACGUAUGGGCCUUUCAACGGGGUGCAAGGUUGCGACUACAUCUGCGUGCAGUCGUACGACGGUCAGCUGUACUUUUUUGAGGCGGAGGCGCAGGCCUUCACCCGCUACCUGCCCAACUUCCUGGUUCCGGGGCCGAUUGCUUACGUGGACGUGUCCGACACCUUCAUCACUUGUACGGCAGCUAUGGAGCUUGAGGCGUACAAGUACAAGGUCAUUGCGGCGGCGAGUGCAGAGAAGUCGGCGGGUGAGUACGCUGACUGGCGGGUGGUGCUCGGGGAGGCGGCUAUCGACAUACGAGUGGGAAGAUUUUCCCAGGGACUCAGUCGCUGGAGUACCACCCUGCCUGCUGUACGACAUACCCAGUGCCGGGAGCUAAGGCACCGGGGGGCGCGGGGUAAGGAGCUGGACUACGAUGCCAUAGCCCGGGAGCACCGGCAGCUGGCCCAGAUCCCCCACCGCCUGGACGCCCCCCGGGGGCACAGUCUGUCCGGGGCUGAGGGUUUGGAGGACCUGAGCUCGCUGGGCUCGUUCAGUGGCGGCAAGAGACUCACCAUCAAGCUGUAUCUUGCGGUCCAGGGGGCCCCCGGACUGGGUGCGGGGGGAGUGGAGAACCUCAAGCUGUCGGUUACGGCGCCGGAACCGCUGACACCCGUGGUGUCCGAGAUUGUCGUUCCCCACGUCAGUAUGGACCCCCUGGAGCCCACUGUGGCCCUUGUCGUACUGGCCACCGGGUCGGGCCUACCCGCCAGUGCCACAGCUAUGGUGGUGGCGACGUACACAACCACAAGCGGGGAGCCUCGCACCCAGAAGUUGGAUCUGGUCGUACCACUGUGUGCCUUCUGCCAGGUCGUACCGCCCGUCAAGAGCGCGGAGUUCAAGGUGACCAUCUCGACCAACCGCGCCCCGCCGCUCCUGGGCUCGCUGUUCGAGGAUGUGCUGGCUGCGGCAUCACCGGGCGUGGCGCAGGAUAAGAACCCCGCGCCCUUGAACCAGUUGGACUUGCUCAUGAACGAGACGUACGACAAUCUCAUGGAUCUUGGAUCCUCGUUGGAGGCAGCCCAGCUGGAUCUCGCUGCUCGAGGUCGGCGACUGUCCGGGUGCGUGCAGCUGUUGCUGCUGCUGGUGCGGUGGCGGUUCGCUUUGAACGAGGCGGAGUUUGCGGUGCUGCGGGGCUGCAUAUCACCCGAGGUCCUCGACGGCAGCGAGGUGGGGUGGGAGGAGACCACGGAGGCCGCCAUGACGCAUCUGCUAAGGACAUGUCUGGCCAAGAGCGCAAAGGAACAAGCAGUUCAGGUAACCCCUCUGGCCCCCGUCAAGGACACGCAGCGGCUCCGAAAACACAUUUCUCUGGUUCUGGAGCGCAUGGCGCGAGGUAUGCGGCUGCUGGCUCCAGGGGAGUCGGUUGGCAUCGGAACCCCCACUGUGGGCGGUCAACGGCCCCUGUACCGGGAUUACUCAUUGGCUGACGUACCGCAUGCCGUACCCAUGGGUCCGCCACCCGUACCCGGUCUGGCCGUGGUUUCGGAGGAGGAAAGCGGGGGCAUUGGCGACAUAGAAGACGUCAACGGCCACAAAUGCUUGGUGUGCCCUUGGCAUUUCUACAGGAUUGAUGUGCAGACGGGUGACAAGUACUACCAGGCCAUGGAGUUCAAGAACGGCAAGAUGCUCGGAGGCGAGUGGAAGAGAUACGUGACGUUGUCCACACAGCCCGAGGCGGAGGUGGCCGCCGCGGCGGCGUGUCUGCCGGGUUGCGGCGGCCCCGCCGCCCCCUGCAGCCCCACCAGUCGAGUGGACUCCGACGCGUACGCCUUCGACCCCCAGUGCGGAGAGCGGGUGCUCAACUCGCCGCCGUCAGCUAACCGCGUGCGGGUUCACUCCGUCGGGGCGGAUGGACGGAAGCCCGCAGGUGGUGGGGUAUGA